CUUGCCAUAAUGCCUGAUCCGUCUAAAUCGGCACCCGCGCCCAAGAAGGGCUCCAAGAAGGCCGUCACCAAAGCGCAAAAGAAAGACGGCAAGAAGCGCAAGCGCAGCCGUAAGGAGAGCUACUCCAUCUACGUGUACAAGGUGUUGAAGCAGGUGCACCCCGAUACCGGCAUCUCGUCCAAGGCCAUGGGCAUCAUGAACUCGUUUGUCAACGACAUCUUCGAGCGCAUAGCCAGCGAGGCCUCCCGCCUGGCGCAUUACAACAAGCGUUCUACCAUCACGUCCCGCGAGGUGCAGACGGCCGUGCGCUUGCUGCUACCGGGCGAACUGGCCAAGCACGCUGUGUCUGAGGGCACCAAGGCCGUCACCAAGUACACCAGCUCCAAGUGAGGCGCGCCGGGCGCCCUGGAACCCAAAGGCUCUUUUCAGAGCCACCCACAUAAUCGAAAAAGGGUUUCGAACACGGUGAAGGGUUGUCCUGUGAAUCAGUUCCGUUCUGUGCACCUUAGUGGUUUCCUGGUUACUGGGUCCGUGUGUGUGUGUGCGCGCGCGCGCGCCCCAUUGUGUGUGUGCGUGGAAGGCGAGAGUGUGUAACUGUUUCUUAUGGAGGUCUGGGAUGGUAACCGGCCUGGCGGUCAAGGAUCCGUGUCCACCCUCCCCUCUGCGGAGGGCUGUUGAUGCAUCGCCCCGCUAAGUAGACACCUUGAGUUCUUCGUCCUUUGGUGGCUGCAAGGGUGCAUCCCCGGCGCUUGCGCUCGUAGACUCCGAGACCCAGGCCUGUCUGCGCGCGGCGUGCGUCUGUGGGUGAAGGGCGCGGGUCACCUCUUUCAGGAGGUGCCAAUCCCCCCCGCCCCAGUGUCUCUGAUGCAUGGGCUGGGAAGUGAGGUCUCCGGUGUUGCGAGGCCCCAGGCGGUGUCGCCUGCAGCUGCAUCCUUCCCUCGACCAGACAUCUUUAUCCUGAAGCAGUGAACAUUUCUGGGAGAAUGUUGGCGUGACUGGACCUUACAAAGGCAAAACGUUUGAAACCGAAAGGGAAAUGGAAGCGUCUGGUGCGCGCGAGCCACAUGUAACAACCCGAUUUCUGCUGCGGGUAGCUUUAGCCUAUGUGGGGAUGGGGGAGAUCAAUUCAGGAGGAAAGUAAUUCCCCUUUAAUGUAAUCCCCCCUUUUCUGGACAAAUAGCUCCCUCUUACAGCCACAUCAUUUUCUGUGAAGCAUUAGUGACGCAGAAUUACCUCUUUUUUCGAAUUUAUGGCAUUUAUUAAGGGAAGUGUCAUCUUGGCUCAGGGAAAGCGCUUUGGCACCAAGAGCCUUUACUUGGAAAAGGACAUCAAUUUGGCUUUUCUUCGUUGUAAAUAGGGGAUUCCUAACAAGGACUUCCUUGAGCCACUCUGAGAUUUAGAUGUACCGAUUGGUCGUGUCAUCCGCUCAGGCAAGGAACAAACAUUUAAUGAAAGGUAUCAGUCAUGUUUUGCAAAUCAUCUCCAGAGGAAGCUGGUCGAAGCCGGGCUGGGCGGGAGGGUCUGAGAACGUCACAGUCGAAGCUCCCUCCGCCCCAGCGUCUGGAAGCCCACCCACCCUGUUCCUUCUCCUGCGUGGGUCCAAUCUAAAGGAAUUUAAAAUCUGACACGUUUUUCAGUUGGCAUCUAAAAUAUUUUUAUCCUUAGUUGUUAUAGUUACAAGGGCGCAAUUCCCAACGUAGGACGUUGUAAAAAAGCAAAAU